UUGGACCUCGACCACCACGAUGUCUUUCCGACAACCACUCGCAACGCCCGUCGAGGCACACAUAAUAGAUUCCCUCAGCGACUGGGAUCUCUACUCUCAUGAUGUGAAAAAUAUUCUUGAAGAACUCAGGGAUGAUCCCACGCAAGUUGAGACGAGGGUCUUGCAGAACCACUCAGAGGAUACUAUCGCUUCGUGUAUUCUUUCGGCAGUAGAGGUAUUGAAUCGGUUACAGAAGCUUGAAGAAUCGGAGCGAUGCCUCCCGCACCUUGGUCGCGACUCGCGUGCGCGAGUAGUCGGCCCUUUCGUAACGGAUGUGCUUCAGCAAGUCAUGAGAGGAUCACAGACAUGCUUCGAACCUUCGUACGCGCGAGCGAUUUAUCCGUGCCAGGCACAUCUGUCGGCCGUCAGCUGGUUGUUGCCCCAUUAUGGCAGGGCCACGUCCAUGUUGACUUAUCCUAUUUCGCUGGCGUCGGACACAAAGCAUACUCAGCGUCGGUCUGCAUCCAUCACCGGGAGUAGGGCUUCCAACGCCGGUCGCGAUAUAGAAGCGCCGGCCUUACUCGAGGACGAUUAUCGAUGCGGGUCUGAACCCCAUUGUUUCGGCCGUGUAAUCUUGCAUGAUGGAGAGUCUCAUUGUUCUCUUGUAACCAUCGCCGACGCUCGUCUGCCCAAUCUCCACGCACACCUGCUGAGCGCGAACCACUUUCCGACUUCUGUGCCUUUAUGUCUCGUCUGCGUCGCGGCUGAAGACGAGAUCUAUAGCGUCAUGUCCAGCGCACUCAUGCAGCGCCGCGCCUUCGGACUGGAACACCCUCUUAUCGGGUUCGUGGUAUCCCCUUCGACACCCCGCGCGCAGCUCAUCAUUGGAUGGCUUGAGGGUCACCCGUCGCACCCUUGUAUCCAUGCUCAUGUCGCUCAUGCGCCCUCGACGACCGAUAGCUCUUCCCUAACGCACGGCAUAUUUGACGCAUCUGAGCUUCGCUCGACGUGGCAAUUGAUGCUCUUCCUGCUGGGGCUGCGGCAGAAGAUCGAUAUGUGCGUAAGGGCCGCAAGCGACAACGCAGUCAAUGUUCGAGAAUCUCCGACUUCGGAGAACAAUGAGUGCUGGCGUAUCGAUAACACUUGGAAGGCUGAACACGCCGCGUCCUAUGGCUUAGAUUACGAUCAGCGCGUGCAUCGCUGGCUGGAAGACUGCGCGGCUGAGGACAGGCAUCGUCGCUCCGCUCUUAACAUGGACUCCUACCAACAGUCGCCUUCACCUGCCCAACCUCGUGGGAGGUCCCUUCCGCCCAAACCAAGUCGGGCCGCCAGUGGUUGCUCGCCAUCCAUGCCCUCUAUCCACGAGGACCAGGUUGACGGCUUCUGGGCUGAUGACAAGUUGCGCAAGAGACACGCAGAAGUGUGCAGAAUGCAGCUUACGGUAGCGCCUAUUACGACAUUCGUCGAUAAGCACGAUGCUCGUAGCGCUUCCAGCGUUGCGAAGGACGCCAGCGUUGAGAAGUGUGAUAGACCAACAGAGUUGUUCACUGAUCGUUGCGUCAUGUUCGACUCGUAUCCGCCUAUGUAUUCGAACUUUGAUUACACUACCCCGGUGUUAGCGCACGUCAUGAAGACACUCAUCUUGCCGAGGACGUGCAAGGCCAACCCUCUUCCAUGCGACAACAUCACUGACCGCAUUGAAACUCCUAUGGACUACAAUUUCGAGACGCAGUGCCUAGUUUAUGAUGUAAGGGAAAGUGGGGUAUUUCGGAAACUUGAUGUGGAGCAGGCUGAGCUCUGGUAUCAGUAUCAUCACGAGUUGGCCCUUGCGAAGGUUCUUCGCAAGUACUGCGGCAUGCCACCGUUGCUACCGCUGGACUCUCCGGAAGCCGACGGCAAUCGAGCUUCUGCGCGGUCGGUCCUCACGGGAGGGCUUCGCAAUACGCUCCAUGCGUCGGUGAAGGUGGAAAACCUUCCCGAGGAUUCAAUCGAGAUGGAAGCUCGGCACGAAUGGGACAGCGUCAUCAUGGAAUAUUGCAGCAGCAAGCCGACGGCACCUAUUGCUGAAAGUGGUUACCGUUUACACACUCGAAUGGAGCGCCGCACGCCACUUUGUCGGAACAUCCUCCUCGAUGCUGUGAUGAGCCCAACAACAGACCUCCGAGAAAUCAAUCAUUACCAGGCCUUCGCGGACGUGUACAAGAGUCGGAACGGUUUCAUUAAGUUGGGGUUCAGGAUGCCAGAGAACUCAGCCAGCAUAUCCGAGGCUAUCCUGAAUUCCAAGGACAGGAUCGCGCUUGGCGAGCUCAUCGGCGGCGCGUCCGAUGUCCUGGACAAUUAUAAAACCACCGUCUUCAACAACAUCGAUCGCGAAUCGCGUUGGCGCGCGGACAGUAGUCAUCGCUAUGAGCACGAUGCAGCAUCGGAGCACGCGCUCUUCGCUCGCGCGACUUGCGAUUUCGACUAUGCCAUCUGCGACGGGCUCGUCUUUGCGGAGGUGGAGCAUGUGUUCGAGGACACCGACAGUGCACUGAAGGACGACCUUCUGGCAUUCGGGAUCGUAGGCAUGGCGGAGGAGACGCAACAGACUCGCGAGGAGUCCGAGAUUGACGUUGUGUCCGCACCUGAAGCAGCGCUUCCCGCCUCCGCGCGCCAAAUCGUGCAACACAUCCACCGCAUCGCUCGCGCGAGGCAAGCGACACCUACCGAUACCACAACGGAAAGGCCUUCACCUGCAGUGGCUACUUCUGUACCACUACACGACGCCUCGCCUGUGACGAAGGCGAAGACGCUGACCGGCGACAAGCCUCCCGCUCGCUUCCCUGCGACCCCGCGAACGGGAUCGCCGGCGCCGAAUCAACCUAGGUCGAUGCCGCCGCUUACACGGAACUGGAAGUCCGUCUGCUUGCCGGUCCUUUAUCGCGAGUAUAAGCGAGGGCGCGUUCACCCUCUACAGGGUGCGAACCAGGCGCGUAUCUACCUGACAUCGGCGUCGCACUACUACGCAGCCCUCGAUAUGUAUGAUGUGCCUGUUUUUGCACUCGCGACUGUCGGUGGCAAGGGGAGGCUGCUAUGCGGCUGGGCGGAAAAAGUGUCGCCCCCCGACCCAAGAAACCCAGACGACGCAAACAAGGAUCCGGCCAUCACGGUACGGCACCAUAUCGUUGAUACCAACUGCCCGGAAUGGGAUUUGAGCAACAGUUCGGAUGCCAUCGACUUCGCCUCGUUUCUCACCCUGCUCCGAACCACGCACAUCCCCCGAGUCGUCGAGAAGUUCAACAAGCGGAGGGCCCAAUUCGUCGCGGACUGGCGUGAUCCCGCUAAGCGGUCUCGCUUCGAGUGGACCAUGGCUCAUCAGCGCCAGUCCCAGUACUACAAGGAUAUCAAGGCCAAAUUGGGCAGCGAGGAUAAGGACAUGUACGAGAAACUGGAGAAGGAGAGGAUGCUGAUCUUGAAGCAGAACGAUGAGAGGAGGAAGCAGAAGGCGGAGCUCGCGGCUAAACUCGAAGAAGUGAACAGACAGGCGAGCCGAGAGAAGGAGGCAUUGGCUGCUAGGACGCAACAACAGGCUGCGGAAAGAGAUGCUCGUCAGGCUAGGCGCAGUGCGUCUGCGGGUCCCGCGUAGCCAAGAGAUGACGAACGGGUUGUCUUGUCCAUGUCGCAAAUGUAUGCUUAGUAUUCUCAAUGAAGCCGGUGGCGGUUCGAAUCGCGACGCACUACACGC